UUGAAGCGGUCGGGGAAGGAAGUCGUCUGCGCAGGCGCUCCGAGGCCGCCAGGGCUUCUGGGUAAAAAUGGAUGUUCACGAUUUGUUUCGCCGGCUCGGCGCUGGGGCCAAAUUUGAUGUAAAACGGUUCUCGGCCGACGCAGCUCGAUUUCAGGUAGGAAAAAGAAAACAUGACUCUGAUUCUUCAGAGGUACUGCAGAGUCUUGACUUCUUUGGAAACAAGAAGUCUGUCCCAGGUGAGUGUACUGCAACACUGACACACCAGGAGCUGCAGAAUGAAGACAAAAAAGAAAGCAAGAGGGAGUCAAACAAGAAAAAGAGGAAAAAGAGAAUUUCAGAAAUUACUUCUCAAGAAGAAGGUACUACUAUACAGUGGACGUCAUCUGUGGAAGCACAGAUUGAAGAUAAAAAAGUUAAAGGAGAAAAUAAACUAACUUCAGAGAAGUUGGAACAUCUCCGAAAGGAAAAGAUAAAUUUCUUCCGAAAUAAACACAAAAUUCAUGUUCAAGGAACUGAUCUUCCUGAUCCAAUUGCUACAUUUCAGCAGCUUGACCAGGAGUAUAAAAUUAAUUCUCGACUGCUUCAGAACAUUCUAGAUGCAGGCUUCAAUGUGCCAACUCCAAUCCAAAUGCAAGCCAUUCCAGUUAUGCUGCAUGGUCGGGAACUUCUGGCUUCUGCUCCUACAGGAUCUGGAAAGACUUUAGCUUUUAGCAUUCCCAUUUUAAUGCAGCUGAAACAGCCCACAAAUAAAGGCUUCAGAGCCCUGAUUAUUUCCCCAACAAGAGAACUUGCCAGCCAGAUUCACCGAGAAUUAAUUAAAAUCUCUGAAGGAACGGGAUUUAGGAUACACAUGAUCCACAAAGCAGCAGAGGCAGCCAAGAAAUUUGGACCUAAAUCGUCUAAGAAGUUCGAUAUUCUUGUGACUACUCCAAAUCGACUAAUUUAUUUAUUAAAGCAGGAUCCACCAGGAAUAGACCUAACAAGUGUGGAGUGGCUGGUAGUAGAUGAAUCAGACAAACUGUUUGAAGAUGGCAAAACUGGAUUUAGAGACCAGCUGGCUUCCAUUUUCCUGGCCUGCACAUCCCACCAGGUCAGAAGAGCUAUGUUCAGUGCAACUUUCGCAUAUGAUGUUGAACAGUGGUGCAGACUCAAUCUGGACAAUGUCAUCACUGUGUCCAUUGGUGCAAGGAAUUCUGCAGUAGAAACUGUAGAUCAAGAACUUCUCUUUGUCGGAUCUGAGACUGGAAAACUUCUGGCCAUGAGAGAACUUGUUAAAAAGGGUUUCAAUCCACCUGUUCUUGUUUUUGUCCAGUCCAUUGAAAGAGCUAAAGAACUUUUUCAUGAGCUCAUAUAUGAAGGUAUUAAUGUGGAUGUUAUUCAUGCAGAAAGAACACAGCAACAGAGAGAUAACACAGUCCACAGCUUCAGAGCAGGAAAAAUCUGGGUUCUUAUUUGUACAGCCUUGCUUGCAAGAGGGAUUGAUUUUAAAGGUGUGAACUUGGUGAUCAAUUAUGAUUUUCCGACCAGCUCAGUGGAAUAUAUCCAUAGAAUAGGUCGAACUGGAAGAGCAGGGCAUAAAGGAAGAGCUGUUACAUUUUUCACUGAAGAUGAUAAACCAUUAUUAAGAAGUGUUGCCAAUGUUAUCCAGCAGGCCGGUUGUCCUGUACCAGAAUACAUAAAAGGUUUUCAGAAACUGCUAAGCAAACAAAAGAAAAAGAUGAUUAAGAAACCACUGGAGAGGGAGAGUAUCAGCACAACUCCAAAGUAUUUCUUAGAGCAAGAUAAAGGUAAACGGUACGUAUAUACAUGGAAAAAGGUCACUGGCCAGAAGAGCAAGAAGAAGGUAGCUCUUGAGCACAAAAGUUGAAAACAGAUUUUUUUAAAAAGAUUAUCACAGGGCUGGGGAUUUAGCUCAGCGGCAUAAGCGCCUGCCUUACAAGCAGGCAGUCGUGGGUUCGAUCCCUGGUACCGAUAAAAAGGAAAAAGACAAAAAAAAAAGUAUGAAGAAAAAAAAAAAAAGAUUAUCACAGAAAUGUAAUUUUAUGGGCCCUACAUGAGUGUUUUUCACAUAGAAUACUUCAAGUCUUGUAAUCACUGCUACCAAACAUUUGGAACGAACUACAAAUACAUAAAACUGUGAAAAAUGAUCCUAAACUAUUAAUACAUCAUGUCAGAUUUUAAUUGAGAUGAAAACAGAACAGUGGAAAUAACAUUCAUUGAUACACUUCUGUGGUUGAAUCCAGAGAGAUACUUCUUAUAGAAGAACAAAACCUUAUGUUAAAUAACACCCAAAUGUGGUGAACUCUCAAGGAUUUUGCCCUUCAAGUGUGAAGGAAAAUGUAAUGUAUGCCAUGGAGAGGCAUCAGGAACACAAAAUAAAGCCUUAAGAUUGCCCCUUCUAUCCCCUCACA